UGUCAUGGUCAAGUCCCAUCAUCAAGUAGCUUUCACCAAGGUAUAACAUUUCAGUCUUGAUCGAUCGUACAGAGUCUCUUGGACAUCUUCUUACUUCUCAAAAAAACAUCAAGACCACUAGAAAGCAGUCUAUCAUGGCACGAGGAGCAUCAGGCGCAGCGUCUUCCCGAGGACGAGGCAAAUUCAAGGUCUCACGAGGAGGAGGCCGUCAUUUCUCCCGAGACGUCACUGCGAUCGACCACGAGAUGGAGACUCUCGGUCUCGAAGACGAGGGCUCCGACUCCAAUAACGUCUCGGAAGAAUCUGAAGAGGAAUCUUCCGACGAUGGCCUCGGCGGCGGCUCUUCUGCUAAACAACAACAACAAGAACCGGAGAUGUCGAGGGCCGAGAGGAAAGCGCUCAAGAAGGCUCAGGGAGGGAAGAAGAAGGGUGGGGUUCCGGCUGUUGGGGAUUUACCGGAGAAUAGCGAUGAGGAGAGUGAGGAGGAGCCGUUGAAGUUGCCGAAUCCGAAGGAUAAGAAGUUGGAACCUAGUAGGAGAGAGAGGGAAGAAGCCCAGAAAAAGGCCGCCGCCGAGCAUUACCAAAAGAUGCACGCCGCGGGCAAGACGGACCAGUUCAAAAAGGACAUGGAGCGUCUGCAAGAGGUGAAACGACGUAGGGAACGGGAGGCUGCGGAGAGGAAGGCUAAAGAGGACGAGGCCAAGAAGGAGGCCGAGGACAAGCGUCAAGCCAGGUUGGCGGGGAAACGAUAAAACCCACCCGACCGAUCUCGAUUUCGACGACCCUACAUUACCUACUUUUUCACUUUGUGUGUCUCGUACCCGUGUAUAGCGGAGGUGUUUCUUGGCCCCUUUUCAGGGGGUAGAUGUAAUAUCAAUACAGUAUGCGGGCUUUGAGGCCGGGACGAAGUAGUGAGGUGUUAUGGCUCUCGUUGUGAUCCCUUUGGCCUCGAGAUGUAACUUACAUGUGAAUGUCGCACAUGAUUCGGAGUUGACCGAUAUCAAGCAGA